AUUCAAUCAACGUGGCAAAUUGUAUUUAUAUUACGUUUGGAGAAUGUCAUUAUCAUGAUCAUUUUUUUUCCUAUUGACCCAGAGUCAAUGCCAUGCCCCUUUUGUAAUUAAAAGGAUUUCACACUUUUGUUCCUCCUUCAACUCUAGGUGGGAUAGUAGGUUACUGCACCAUUCUGAACUUUCAAAUGUAUUGACUUUGACCCCUCCAAAAUGUAUCAGAUAAAUGUUGCAGCAAAACUUUGAAUACAUGCCAAACAACGAAAUUUCCUUCACUUUGUGUUUCUCGUUGGAACCUUAGAAUAAAGUUGGUUCAACUCCUCUAUUGCAAACGUGCCUUUUGACUCGCAGAGCAGCCAAUGUUGAUGGUUCCAUCACUUUUUGUAUAAAGCCUCCACAACAUAUCCCCACUGCAUGAUUUUGAGAGGAAAACAUGGGCACCUUCGUAUUCUUGAUCUCUUUCAUUGUUUCCCUCUCUCUAUUCGUCUUCUCAGUUGAUUCUGCAUCUUCUUCUUGUCCCAUAGAUCUUGGCUAUGUCGAGACCUACCCAUGGGACACCUCUUCGUGCCGCGAUGGGGAUCAAGACCACUGCUGCAUGGCCCUUCUCAGUCUCUUUGGCAUGGGCCUUGCACAGCACCUGAAAGAAACUUCCAUGUUUCAGCUCCCCACUGCUGCUGUCUCAUCUUCUUGCCUCUCAGAAUUGCAGACUAGGCUCUCUGCCAUGGCGUUCCAACCGUCUUUAGUCUCUCUAUGCUUCAAGAACUCGACUCAGUUUGUUGCUAAUUCCUCGAGCUGUGCUGGAAUCAUCACGAAAGAAGAUUGGAUCAAAAGGGUUGGGGAAAAGACGGCCUUGGAUUCAUCUUGCAAGGACCUGACUGGACUUGUCCAGUGCGGCUCCUGCCUCGAUGCUGGGAUGAAGGUGAAUUCCCAGUUGCGGGCUCUUGCUCCAAAUUCCACUAAAUGCUUUUACUUCACUAUUCUGUAUGCUGCAGGCAUUGUUAAUGAGUUAGGCCCUCAGGAUGGCACGACUGCUGCUUGCAUACUAGGCUUGCCUUUGUCUAACUCCAAAACUGGUGAAACCUCUAAUCAUCUGAGCCAAGAGACUUUAUUCAAAUUGAUUUUCGGGUUCUUGGGUGCUUUUCUGGUUGUUUUGUUUGCCUUGGGAUCAGUGGUGCUGUACAGGAUUUGGCAAAAGAAGAAGAAAAACGCCUUCCAUGAAGAAUUUGUGAGCAGCAUGCAGGCUAGAGUUUUACCCAACACUGGUGCAAAAUGGUAUCAUAUCGCUGAAAUUGAACGAGCCACAGAUGGAUUUUCACAGAAGAAUUUUAUUGGCCAAGGCGCAUAUGGGGUUGUACACAAGGGCACCCUUUCUGAUGGCACUUUAGUUGCAGUGAAACAAAUUCUUGAUUUGGAUUCUCAAGGUGAUGAGGAAUUUUCCAAUGAGGUUGAGAUCAUAAGCAAAAUAAGGCACAGGAACCUUCUUUCUCUUCGGGGUUGCUGCGUUACAAGUGACGACUGUAAAGGUAAAAGGCGAUAUCUUGUUUGUGAUUACAUGUUGAAUGGUAACCUAAGUGAUCAUCUUUUCAACUCUAGCAAUAGCAGGAAGGAACUAACUUGGCCUCAGCGAAAGAAUAUAAUUCUUGAUGUAGGAAAAGGGCUCGCUUACUUGCAUGAUGGAAUCAAACCUGCCAUUUAUCAUCGAGAUAUCAAGACGACUAACAUACUUUUGGACUUGGAAAUGAAAGCAAAAGUGGCAGAUUUUGGGUUAGCCAAGCAAAGUAGAGAAGGUCAGUCUCAUCUCACCACAAGGGUAGCUGGUACACAUGGAUAUCUAGCACCAGAGUAUGCUCUCUAUGGACAAUUAACAGAAAAAAGCGAUGUUUACAGCUUUGGGAUCGUGAUUCUUGAAACUAUGAGUGGGAGGAAGGUGUUGGAUACAUCAAGUUCUUCCAUGGUUUUGAUCACAGAUUGGGCUUGGAUGCUUGUGAAAUCAGGAAAAGUGGAAGAGGUUUUUGACAACUUCAUAAGAAAGGAAGGACCAAAAGGUGUCAUGGAGAGAUUUGUUCUCGUUGGGAUUCUUUGCGCACAUGUAAUGGUGGCUUUUAGACCUACCAUUGCAGAGGCUCUAAAGAUGCUGGAAGGUGAUAUUGACAUUCCAAGAUUACCAGAUAGGCCAUGGCCUCUUAGCCAUGAGGCAUUUCGAUCUUCUUUGCAGUGUAGUUUUUUAACAAAUGAGAGAUCAAGACCCAGCACAAGCAUGAGUACGAUAUAAAUUUGAUCUGCAAAGCUUGGAAAGCUUUUUCCAAGUGAAAAAUAUUCAAAUAUGUACCCUGGUAGGUAGGAACCACCACCUCCCAAAUCAGCUCUUCAGAGGUGCCUGUGUUGCAUAUUUUUCUUCUUUAUUUUUUAUUUUUCCAUUCUUUAAGUGUAUACUGCAACCCUCGAUGUACACAGAAUUUUAUGAUAGAAACAAGAUUGCAUUCCUUCAA